AAAAGUGUAAAUGUCACAAUUUUAUUUUUUUUGGAUCUUCAGCAAUACUUGCAUUUAUAAUUCUGUUAUGCUUUGUAGUAAUUAGUUCACAAGGACAUCAAAUGUUCGUUUGACUGUCGCAAAUUUUCAAAAGUCGAACGCAACUUUGAUUUAUAUGUUUUUGUCGGAUCUUUUUUUUUUCAUUUGAAGACUGCGCAAACAUUAGACUAGACUAGACAAUUUGUUUAUCUUUUAAGUAACCAAAACCGAUUAUUAAACAAAAGCAUUAAUUGUCAAAAAUACUUGACGUAAAAGCUUUAUAAAAAGGCCUUUUUACUCACUGUUUUUUUGAUAGUUUAUCAUGUCAACAACGAUACAUAAUUUAGCUUUGGUGCUAGUUGCAGUUUCACUGGCGAAGUUAACAGUUUAUGGAUCCGAACUGGCUGAAGACGGAAUUAACCGUUUAUCCGGCUCCGCAUCGACAGGGGAUCGAACCUCAUUGCCUUCAUUGCGGACUGAGAAUGAUCAAAACAGAGCAAGAGGGGCCGCGUGGAAAUUGCAGCAGAAGCUACUCUCCGAGUAUUCCCGAGUGGCUCGUCCAGUGGUUAACAACUCACAGGCUCUAAACGUUUCUCUCAAAUUCGUCCUCAACCAAAUUCUACAUCUGAAUGAGCCGGAGCAGAAAAUGAAGACAACAAUCUGGUUGGUCAGAGAGUGGAAGGAUCAUUUUCUCUGCUGGGAUCCCGCAGACUUCAACAACAUUUCGGACAUCAGAUUGGAGUCCUCAGAGAUAUGGACACCAGACCUUGUGGUAACCAACGCUGUUGAGAUACGGGAGGUGCCUGUGAAGUUGAAGGUGAACUACAGGGGAGUGGUCACGUGGGACUCCUCCUAUGUUUUAGUCACCAGCUGUCUGGUCAAUGUCAGAUACUUCCCCUACGACAAACAGACUUGCCAUGUCAUGAUAGUGGCGAGAAAAUAGCCCUUAAUAUCACCAUUCUGCUUUCCCUGGCUGUAAACAAUGUGAGAGUGGCAGAAGCCAUGCCUCCCAGUUCCAAGAACGCACCCAUUCUCGGUACUUUUUUCAUCGUGCAAAUUAGUAUGGUCACUCUUUCCACCUUCUGCAACUCGCUCGUCCUAUGUGUUUUCCACAGAGCCAGACAGCACCAGCCUAUGCCAGUCAUACUCCGACGCUUGCUUUUCUUGUUGUGGCGCAAAGCACCCCGGCACAACCUACUCUCUAAAAACUGCGGCUCCUUGGGAACCAAUUUGAACUCGCCGCCUAGUCCCAUAAACGUAGUCUACAACUCAGUUGACCAACAUUUUUGCCAAAUUGGAAACUCGCCAUUGUUGGGAUCUAUUCCUGGUAUGGAAAAACCACUACCAAGUUUUGAGCAUCGAAACGGAUCUUCUGAAGCCUACGUAACAAUACCGAACGACCGAAAAAUUCAUUCGGCCAGUAAAAGUCCACUUAAAGCGAAAAAAUCAGUCGCUAGUGAGACCGCACAUUUGUGUUCAAAUGGGCAGGUUGUGAAAAGUUUAAACGACGUGACCAAAUUUCUGCACAAGUAUGAAGAACUUCAGAUGAUCGAAUAUGAAUGGAGAAAUCUUUCACAACUUAUGGACAAAUUAUUUGCAUUUUUCUUUGCACUUUGCGCGGUUAUAAUGGCGAUCACUUUUAAGUUCUGUUUUGUCGAUGUCGCAGUUGCGUCAUCUCACAUUUCAGACAACCUCUGUGAGCAAUUCUCAUCUAAUGAAUAGCAAAUCAAUCACUGGGUUCUGCCACAUUGCACUGGGUAGAUUUAUUGAUACACAAGGUGCCACUGGUCUUCUUAACUUUUUCAGGCGUGAAAAAUCAUUUAAAUAGUUCUCCUUUAAAUAAAUAAUCGUCUAUUUUUCUAACUUGUUUAAUUUUUCUCUGACCAAAACAAGAAACUGCAACUGGUUUUGAACACAUGUUUUUGUUGUGAAAUGCACAGAAAAAAAUCUGCAUAAAAGACGAUCGAGUCGCUGUGGAAAUGAAUUUUUUUUCAUGAAAUAUUGAAUCUUACACAUUUUCCUUAAAAAUA